AUGACUCAGGCUGAAUCUUCAGCUAGUGCUACUCGCAAUGCCCUGAAAGCUAAUACUGCUGGGGCUCCCCCAGACUAUGAGCUGCCUUGGGUCGAAAAAUACCGCCCAGUAUUUCUUGACGACGUUGUCGGCAAUACGGAAACGGUAGAGCGUCUAAAGAUCAUCGCCAAAGAUGGAAAUAUGCCUCAUGUGAUUAUUUCGGGCAUGCCUGGUAUUGGAAAGACAACUUCAAUUCUCUGCCUGGCACGGCAGUUGCUGGGUGACUCUUAUAAAGAGGCUGUUUUGGAGUUGAACGCUAGUGAUGAGAGAGGUAUCGACGUGGUGCGGAAUCGUAUCAAAGGGUUUGCUCAGAAGAAAGUAACGCUGCCUCCUGGUCGUCACAAAAUUGUUAUACUUGAUGAAGCCGAUAGUAUGACAUCCGGCGCUCAGCAGGCGUUGCGGCGGACGAUGGAAAUCUACUCCUCUACAACACGAUUCGCAUUUGCGUGCAACCAAUCAAACAAGAUAAUUGAACCGUUACAAUCCCGAUGUGCUAUCCUUCGGUACGCCAGAUUAACUGAUGCACAGAUUGUGAAACGAUUGAAGCAGGUUUGCGACGCAGAACAGGUCAAAUACACGGAGGAUGGACUCGCAGCGCUGGUUUUCAGCGCUGAGGGAGAUAUGCGCCAGGCUCUCAACAAUUUACAAAGUACCUGGUCUGGAUUCGGUUUGGUCAGCGGGGAUAACGUCUUCCGUGUGGUUGAUAGCCCUCAUCCAAUCAAAGUUCAGGCGAUGAUCAAAGCGUGCUGGGAGGGAAAAGUGGAUUCCGCUCUGGAGACGCUAAAUGAGCUAUGGUAUAAGAGCCUUUCCAGCGCACUAUGUUCAAGGUGA